ACAGCUAGCUCCAGCUCCGCGGACAAACAGGACUCUUCGCCGGGCCACGCUCUCUGUUUCGGGGUGUGUUUGAGCCUCGCAGCCGCCUCCAGAGCAGCGCCCCUCCGCCGUGUCCGAGCCCCGGGUCCGAGCAGCUCUCUCCGGUGUGCCACGGCUCUGAAGCCGCAGGGGGACCCAAGAUGUCGGCGGUGCAGAGGAUGAAGGUGGCCAACGAGCGGCACAGCAAGACCAUCACACAGCGGGGACACGUCCAGAAGACCUCGCGCCCGGUGAACGAUGAGAAGUCUCCAGUUGGACCUUGGCUUCUCGCUCUCUUCGUGUUUGUGGUUUGUGGAUCAGCCAUCUUCCAGAUCAUUCAGAGCAUCCGACAGGGCAUGUGAUCGACCAAUGAGAGCGCAGCACCGGCCCCGCUCACCUGGACUCACCUGGACAGGACAUGUGACCUGCUCUGGCCAAUGAGAGCGCACACACACACACACACACAGAAGAGCCUCGUGACGCUGGGACUCUGAGCCUUUCACUACAUGUCUUACCUCCUCGCUUCCUCCUUUCUCAUCUCCUUGUCUGUCCUCGUCUUCUCGUUUCCUCUGUCCUUGACUCCUCAUCUCCUCGUCUCCUUUGUUUAAAUGACCUCUGUUUAGGUCGUGCCCUCUGAUUGGUUGCGUUCACGUGUCGUUCUUCAGUGCUACAGUUAAAGUGCAGACGUGUGGACCUGGUUCAUUUUCUUUCUGGGUCUUUCCACAUGAAACAAAAACUGGCACAAACUCGACUCUUAGUUUUUUCUGUUACGAAUAUUCAUUUUAAAAAUGAACACGCCCACUGAGCGCUCUCCUCUGAUUGGCCCUCGCACUGUCUCCUCCUCCUCUGACCCUGUCUCCUCCUCCUCUGACCCUGUCUUCUCCUCUGACCCUCUCCCUGUCUCCUCCUCUGACCCCGUCUCCUCCUCUGACCCCGUCUCCUCCUCUGACCCUCUCCCUGUCUCCUCCUCUGACCCUGUCUCCUCCUCUGACCCGGUCUCCUCCUCUGACCCUGUCUCCUCCUCUGACCCUGUCUCCUCCUCUGACCCCGUCUCCUCCUCUGACCCUCUCCCUGUCUCCUCCUCUGACCCUCUCCCUGUCUCCUCCUCUGACCCUGUCUCCUCCUCCUCUGACCCUGUCUUCUCCUCUGACCCUCUCCCUGUCUCCUCCUCUGACCCUGUCUCCUCCUCUGACCCCGUCUCCUCCUCUGACCCUCUCCCUGUCUCCUCCUCUGACCCUGUCUCCUCCUCUGACCCUGUCUCCUCCUCUGACCCUGUCUCCUCCUCUGACCCUGUCUCCUCCUCUGACCCCGUCUCCUCCUCUGACCCCGUCUCCUCCUCUGACCCUCUCCCUGUCUCCUCCUCUGACCCUCUCCCUGUCUCCUCCUCUGACCCUCUCCCUGUCUCCUCCUCUGACCCUGUCUCCUCCUCUGACCCUGUCUCCUCCUCUGACCCUGUCUCCUCCUCUGACCCUGUCUCCUCCUCUGACCCUGUCUCCUCCUCUGACCCCGUCUCCUCCUCCUCUGACCCUGUCUCCUCCUCCUCUGACCCUGUCUCCUCCUCUGACCCUGUCUCCUCCUCUGACCCUCUCCCUGUCUCCUCCUCUGACCCCGUCUCCUCCUCUGACCCUGUCUCCUCCUCUGACCCGGUCUCCUCCUCUGACCCUCUCCCUGUCUCCUCCUCUGACCCUGUCUCCUCCUCUGACCCUCUCCCUGUCUCCUCCUCUGACCCUGUCUCCUCUUCUGACCCUGUCUCCCCUUCUGACCCUCUCCCUGUCUCCUCCUCUGACCCUCUCCCUGUCUCCUCCUCUGACCCUCUCCCUGUCUCCUCCUCUGACCCUGUCUCCUCUGACCCUGUCUCCUCCUCUGACCCUGUCUCCUCCUCUGACCCUCUCCCUGUCUCCUCCUCUGACCCUCUCCCUGUCUCCUCCUCUGACCCUCUCCCUGUCUCCUCCUCUGACCCUGUCUCCUCCUCUGACCCUGUCUCCUCCUCUGAUUGGUUGCUGAUUUUUCUUAAAGACACAGCCCAUGUUUUUAUUUUAUGUUUUGUUUGUGUGAAUCUCAGAAAAAAAAAAAUUGAAAUUUUUAACUUUUGCUGAUAAUGAGAUUAUAACUGUUUUAAUAAACCACUGAAACUCAG